UUUCACAACCGGCAGCCAAUGGUCGCCUUCCAUCCCGUCACCCCGCGCCUCGGCCCGGCCCGGGUGCUGGCUAAAGUCCUUCCCAGGGCCAUAAAACCCCUCGUGCGGUGACAUCGUGGACAGGGCUGCAUCGCCGCAGGAUGGGGACCUCCUCGGGAGACCUGGCUCAGCCCCAGAACGGGAACUCGGCGUUGGCCCCCGCCCCGCGUCCCCCUGGGAAGGAGCAGCCCGCGGCGCGCAGGGACCCCGGGGCGGGCGCUGGGUUCCCCCGGACAGAGGUGGACAUGAUCUACAAGAUCGAGGACGUGCCCCCCUGGUACCUCUGCAUCCUGCUCGGCUUCCAGCACUACCUGACCUGCUUCAGCGGCACCAUCGCCGUCCCCUUCCUGCUGGCCGAGAGCCUGUGCGUGGGCAAGGACCAGCUCACCGUCAGCUACCUCAUCGGCACCAUCUUCACCUGUGUUGGGGUCACCACUCUCAUCCAGACCACCGUGGGCAUCAGGCUGCCCCUCUUCCAGGCGAGCGCGUUGGCCUUCCUCGUCCCCGCCAAAUCCAUCCUGGCCCUGGAGAAGUGGCGAUGCCCGCCUGAAGAGCAGAUCUACGGCAACUGGACGCUGCCGCUCAACACCUCCCACAUCUGGCAGCCCCGCAUGCGCGAGAUCCAAGGAGCCAUUGUGGUGUCCAGCCUGGUGGAGGUGGCCAUCGGGCUGCUGGGGCUCCCCGGGGCGCUGCUCAGCUACAUCGGGCCACUCACCGUCACCCCCACCGUCUCCCUCAUCGGGCUCUCCGUCUUCCAGGCGGCCGGAGAGCGAGCCGGCUCCCACUGGGGCAUCGCCGCACUGACCAUCUUCUUGAUCAUCCUGUUUGCCCAGUACCUGCGGCACCUCACGGUCUGUCUGCCCGGCUACCGGCGGGGCAAAGGCUUCGUCCUGCUUCGUGUCCAGAUCUUCAAGAUGUUCCCGAUCAUCCUGGCCAUCAUGGUGGUGUGGCUGCUCUGCUACGUGCUGACGAGCACCAAUGUCUUUCCCAGCCGGCCCGAGGUGUACGGCUACAAGGCCAGGACAGACGCCCGUGGCGAGAUCCUGUCCGUGGCGCCCUGGUUUCGGGUCCCCUACCCCUGCCAGUGGGGGCUGCCCACAGUGACCUCGGCAGCCGUGCUGGGCAUGUUCAGCGCCACGCUGGCCGGCAUCAUCGAGUCCAUCGGGGAUUACUACUCCUGCGCGCGGCUGGCGGGAGCCCCUCCGCCUCCCGUGCACGCCAUUAACCGGGGCAUUUUCACCGAGGGCAUCUCCUGCAUCAUCGCUGGGUUGCUGGGAACUGGCAACGGCUCCACCUCCUCCAGCCCCAACAUCGGCGUCCUGGGCAUCACGAAGGUGGGGAGCCGACGGGUGAUCCAGUACGGGGCUGGCAUCAUGCUCGUGUUGGGCACCGUCGGCAAGUUCACAGCGCUGUUCGCCUCGCUGCCCGACCCCAUCCUCGGCGGGAUGUUCUGCACAUUGUUCGGCAUGAUCACGGCUGUCGGCCUCUCCAACCUCCAGUUCGUCGACAUGAACUCCUCCCGUAACCUCUUCGUGCUGGGCUUUGCCAUGUUUUUCGGCCUGACGCUGCCGAACUACCUGGAUUCCAACCCCAAGGCCAUAAACACAGGUGUCCCCGAGCUGGACCAGAUCCUGACAGUGCUGCUGACAACGGAGAUGUUCGUCGGGGGGACCAUCGCCUUUGUCCUGGACAACACCAUCCCGGGGACGCAGGAGGAGCGCGGGCUGGUGCAGUGGAAGGCGGGCGCGCACUCGGACAGCACGUCAAAAGCCAGCCUGAAGAGCUACGACUUCCCCUUCGGGAUGAGCGCGGUGAGGAGGUGCCGCUGGCUGAAGCACGUGCCCAUCUGCCCCGUGUUCACCGGGUUUAAGGCACAGGAAAGGGGCGGCGGCGCAGCGGCCACGGAUGCGCAGGACACGGCAGACGGGCUCUCCGUGUGCACCAAGGUCUGAGCGAGGGGAGAGCUCGCGCCCUGGCGCCGGAGAAGCCGAGCCGAACUCCCACGGGUGCUGUCAGAGUUCGUUAGCACCUGCCACAUCCAACGCCAAGGUGCUCGCCUCAAACACAGGGCUAGGGAAACUCCAAGCUGUCUUUCAGGGAUAACUCAAGCGCCCAGGGCACCGGGCUGGAGACCGCCACCCGUGUGUCCUUGCUCCACCUCCAGCUGGUCGAGACUCGCUUGGCGCUUGCCGAAGCUCGUUAGCCACCACAGGGACCAGCAGCUCCCACCCAGGGCCACGGAUUUCCACACUGUGCCCUUGGCUGACGUGGGCUCUACGCAGGGGGCAGGAUCCACACCAGCAUUACAAUGCCUAUUUUGAGAUCAUACAUUAAAAGAAUCAUAAAUUCAA